CUCAUACUUUGACACUUAAAAAGCCAACCAGCCCAAUCUCUCCUGGUUUUUCUACUUUCUCAUUUAUUUGUGUAUCAAUCACAGUUUGCUGUCUUCCUCCUUGACUCCGGAGCUGGUCUUGCUGCAUAGCGUCGGUGUUUAUGGUCUUCUCUCCACACCCCUCAACCAAGCUACUGAACACCUUCGUAUUCCCUCGGCCUUGGCCAUUUCCCUCCCCCUUUUCUUUCCAACCUCACUUUACUUUCUCCAUACGUCUUGUCACUGUUUGCUUGACCUCAAACACAAUGGCUCCCCGGUCGUUUAAAAAUACGGUCAUUGCAGUCAGCGGCACUCUUCCGGGUUACAAGCAGGCCGAUGUGAAAGCUCUCGUGGAACAGCAUGGUGCUACGUUUAGCUCUUCGGUUACCGAUCAAUGCACUCACUUGAUCACGACGCUGAAGGAUGUUGAGAAAAAGGGUAUCAAAUAUCAGGCGGCCUCCAAGUUGGCUACGUGUCAGAUUGUGUCAAUUGACUGGCUAGUAGAAUCAGCGGCCAAGAAGAAACCGAUUUCUGAAAAGCCCUAUCUGCUAGAUGCGGGUAGUACCCCUGAUGCGGCCGAUGGAGCUGAUGCGGCUGAUGAAAAUGAUGACACCAAGCAGAAUGGCAAGAGGGCUACUCGCAAAGCUGCCACAAAGGUCGCCGACAAGGAUGUCGACGAUGCCGGUAGCCAAGACCCCAAUGGAGAUGGCAAGACAGCCGCCAAGAAGGGCACCAAGUCUGCAAGUACGGCAAAGACUGACAAGAAGCGAGCUAUCAAAGACGAAGAAGAUGAUGCUGAGGCUGAAGACAAGGCCAAUGUCAACAAGAAGCAAAAGAAUUCUCAGAAGGCUUCUUCCAAGUCUUUAAUUGUCCCCGUGGAUGAGACAUUCAUGUACGAGAAGCCUAACUUCAAAAAUCCUCAGGUCUACAUUGAGAAAUCGGGCUUGAUUUGGGACGCCACUCUGAACCAAACCAAUUCCACCGCCAACAACAACAAGUUCUACCGCAUUCAAAUCCUUACUACUGCGGAUAAUAAGAGCUUCGUGGCUUGGACCCGCUGGGGACGCGUCGGUGAGCAUGGCCAGUCGGCCUGCCUUGGUGACGGCUCCCUAGAUGACGCGAAGAAGUCCUUUGAGAAGAAGUUCAAGGAUAAGAGCGGUCUUGCAUGGAAGGACCGUCUCAGCACUCCUCGGAACAACAAGUACACUUUCCUCGAGCGCAACUAUGAAGAAGAUGACGAAGAGGCUGAAAAGGAGAAGGAGAAGAAGGCUGUCAAGAAGGAGCCCAUCGAUGACGGACCCCAAGUGGAGAGCAAACUGGAGAAGCCAAUUCAGGACCUGAUGGCGUUCAUUUUCAAUCAGCAACACAUCAACUCCGCCCUGGCAUCAAUGUCUUACGAUGCUCAGAAGCUGCCCCUGGGCAAGCUCAGCGAGAGAACUCUCAAAGCGGGUUUCUCGGUGCUUAAGGAGUUAGCCGAGAUACUUGUUGAUCCAUCUCUCUCGACUUCCCGCUAUGGCACUACCCUUGGAGCUGCUCAGGAGAGUUUGAGCAACCGAUAUUUCACCUUGAUUCCGCACGUAUUUGGCCGCAACCGACCCCCAAUUUUGGUCUCUGAUGCUCUGAUUCGGAAGGAGGUUGAGCUUCUGGAGGCAUUGACAGACAUGGAUGUUGCCAACGAGAUCUUGAAGGACUCGAAGCAGGCAGACGAAAUCCACGCGCUGGAUCGUCAAUUCCAGAGUCUUGGCAUGGAAGAGAUGACACGCCUGGACCGCAAAUCAACCGAGUUCAGCGAGUUAUCCGACUACCUGAACAACUCCCGCGGUGCCACACACAACCAAGAGUACCAGGUGAUCGACAUUUUCGGCAUCGAACGCCAAGGAGAAACAGACCGCUUCACAAACUCUCCCUUCGCCAACCUCCAAAACAGCGACCGCCGCCUCCUCUGGCACGGCUCCCGCAGCACAAACUUCGGUGGUAUCCUCAGCCAAGGUCUCCGCAUCGCACCCCCGGAAGCCCCCGUGAAUGGCUACAUGUUCGGCAAGGGUGUCUACCUCGCCGACACAUCCAGCAAAUCAGCCGGUUACUGUUGCGCCUAUAACAGCGCCAACUCGGGCUUGCUCUUGCUCUGUGAUGCCGAGCUGGGUGAUCCAAUGCUCGAGCUUGCUGGUGGCGAUUAUCAUGCGGGGGAGCAUGCGAAGAAAGAGGGGAAGAUUGCCACGUUGGGUAUGGGCCGUGCUAUCCCCGGUGGUUGGAAGGAUGCGGGGGUGGUGAAUGAGAAUUUGAAGGGGGUGAAGAUCCCGGACGCGGGUGUUGGAUCGGUGCAAAGGGACAAUGCGAAUGUGUACUUGCAGUACAAUGAGUACAUCGUUUAUGAUGUUGCUCAAAUUCGGCAGCGGUAUUUGUUCUAUGUUCGCAUGCGCUGAGUGAUGUGGAGAGGAAUGGACGCACUUUUGGCUAUCAUCUUCUGGCGUUUGACAAAACUAAUAUCUGGCCUUGCACUGCGAUGGAGUUCAAGAUUUAUCGGUUCGGGAAGUUCUUUAUUUUUUUAUUUUUGUAGCUCUACCAGGAAAUUUCUAGUGGCUAUCAAUUUAUCUCUUAGCAUUGUUGAAACUAG